AAAUCACUUGCAGAAUAACAAUGUCAAUAACAAAUCAAAGAUUCAUUUAUUUAUUUUUUAAAUAAAGAGAGAAGAAAAACAACAAAGAAAUAUUGGAAAGUUUCAAAGCCUGGGUGUUAGGGACCACGUGAUGACCUAUUAACGAAGUGACGUACAAAAAUAGUUGAAUCGGUUCUUUGAGGGGACCUGUCCGAAAGAAUCGAUUCGCUGGAAUGAAUCGGACUUCCCAUCACUACUUUUUGCAACGGGAAGUUCAGGCUGAGCAAGUCAAGAGCCCUUGUGAGCAAAAAGCGAUCACUCACGUUUAUUAUAAACCCAGCACAGAUUGUCUUUCUCCACAUGAAAAUGCAAUAUUAGAUCGCGAAAUGAUAUCAUACUGAAAUAAGAUAAAUAAACCAGUUUGGGAAAUAAACAUCGCCUUCGACCUCCCCCUCCCGUGCUCGUGUGAUUGCACUUCCUGUUCCGCCUAUAAGACCUCGCCCUCCUUGAUGUCUCACAUUUUCUCCGCCUCCGUUUUUCGAAUCCUACUAUGGUGAAAAUCACGACUAAUUAAUAUUAAAUAGGGCACUUAACCUGAGCACUAGGAAGGUUACCAAGCAACGUAAGCAAUGGAGUAGUUAAUAUUCAUGAGCUAAGCAUUGGCAGAAGUACCGUACUUUCGCCGCUCUCCGGGUUAAAGAGAUUAAUUAUGCACAUUUUUUUUAGACAUUUCACGAAUUGGUCUAAUAUAUGAUGCUUGAUUCGCUGAUCAUUUUAGUUUAUAUUUGCUUUAACUUACAAAUAUCCGAAAACUAAAUUGAAAGAAAAGCUUGUGAAUGAGAUGCCUCUACAGAGCUCCUCGUCCUGUACGUCAAAAUUAAAUAGUGAGAUUCUCUUUAAAGAAUCUAAGCAAUUCAGAAACACCUCAAAAGACUUUAUUGUCCAUAAAACUAAACGACACGCUUAGCAACUAUAAUACACACUUCCAGGCAACGAGCCGGUAACGUAGUGCAAUGCGGAUACAUAGAGCAACUGUAAUUGGCAUUCUGGAGAGGUGAUUGGCUAACGUCUCUCUCUAACCACGCCCACGCUGCCAGGCGGCUCUGUAUACACAAUACCGACACAAUGAAACUUUUCCUUCAGUUCGAAACAUGCAGAUCUAGAAUCUUUACACCAUGCCACCAAAAAAGAAAGGGAAAGGAAACGGCAAAAAGGACAAGUCUAAAAAGAGCACACCAGAAAAAGAUGAUGGACUUGCAGAGAAGUAUCGGAGAAGUGUCUUAGACGUGGCUGUUUUAAAAGAACAUCUUGCUCUGAGGACCAGUAUAACGCGUCAGGCCACUGCAGUGAGAGAUGACUUGAAAAGUCAAAUCAGAGAUCUGGAGCAGGUGCUCGGUCAGGAACGAUCAGACAUUAAGGACAUCACUACAGAUCUCAACCGUCAAUAUAAGUCCAUGGAAACAGACCUGCAGACGAAAGUAAACAGGCUUGAAGUGAGUGUAGACUUGCUUGAGAUGCAGCUCGCCGAAUGUCAGGUUAAAUUAAAAUCGGAAAGAGAGCAGCGAGAGAAAACAGAAGCAGAAAAAGACGCCAUCAUUUCUGACCUCCAAAGCAAACUGGAUAGUAUGGAGAGAGAGUGUGAGAAGAUCCUGCACGGCUGCCUGGACAGUUUGCUCUCUCACCUGGCUGAGACACGGCUGCAGUGGGAAGAACAGAGCACAGUCAUUCAUCAGGAAGUCAAGGACACUCUCAGAGACUUUGGGAUAAACCCACUUCACAUAUGAGGUCACCUUCGGUUGAGUGCUGUGGACAGAACAGGAGCAGGACCGAGACAUCUAACCUUUGACAUCUAAGCAAUUGCACAUAUAUUGCAUAAACCAGGAGUUUGUAAACUCUUAUAGUACGAGUCAGUACUUUUUUUAAUAAAGAAAUGAUAGUUUUAGUUAGCAAGGAUGCAUUAAAUUGAUUAAAAGUGACAGUAAAGAGAUUUAUAAUGUUUCAAGAGUUCUGUUUGAAAUAAAUGCUGUUCUUCUGAACUUUCUAUUCAUCAGUGAAUCCUGAAAAAAAGUAUUACAGUUUCCACAAAAAAUUAAGCAGAACAACUGUUUUCAACACUGAUGAUAACUGAGGUUUUUUUGAGCACCAAAUCAGCAUAUGAUUUCUGAAGGAUCAUGUGACACUGAAGACUCGAGUAAUGGCUGCUGAAAAUUCAGCAUGGCCAUCACAGGAAUAAAUUACUUUUUAAAAUAUAUUCAGAUAGAAAACAGUCAUUUUAACUUGUCACUAUAUUGUACAGCAUCAGUUUUACUGUAUUUUGAUUAAAUAAAUGCAGCCUUGGUGAGAAUAUGAGACUUCUUUGAUAGAUAUAUAUUCAGUUAUCCAGGUUUGGGAACGGUGCUAGCUUGUGCCAAUAUCAACUUCAACUGAAGUCUAAAUGUUGAUCUGAAAACAACACAACAACAAAAGACAUUGUCUUAAUUAUCACUUCACCAUAAAAAGGUCAAGCUGACUUUAAUUGAAAUUAGUGACUUUUGAAAUUAGUUUGGGGUUGGAGUUGA